UCGAAAUUGUCAAACAAAAAUUUCGUAUCAGCGAUUUAGCCGUGAAUUUUAUUAAAAUUAUCAAUAAUAUCACAAAAUAGUUUUAAGGAAUCGUUGUUUUAUUAGUUAUUUCGAUAAGUGCAAUGUUAUUUUAGUUAUAUUUCUAGUAAUAGAUCUACGCCAUGUUGCUGAAGAUGUAGCCUUAGGCACAAUGGAAUUUAUGAUUUUAUAGUUUUAUUAUAAUAUUGAAUUGUGGUUUCGAUAAAGUUAUGACGUGUUCUAGUGCAUUUUAAGUGUUUUCUGAAGUGCUGUUAAAGCUAAAGAUCUCCACAAUGGAGGAGCCACCAUCAAUGUAUCAGCAACCCAAAAUCGAAGAUGGCAUAUAUCAUCCUAGAAUGGAUGCACCCUACAUUGACCAAAAACCAGCUUCUUACAUAGACCAAAAACCAGGUCCAUACAUAGACCAAAAGCCAGGUCCUUAUAUAGACCAAAAACCGGAAAUUUCACAAUACCAGACCAUGCCGGAAAACUAUUCCAUGCCACCAAACUAUCCAGCACCAUCGGAAAGUUACCCGGAAACCAAGGUAGAACGGUUGGAAGAACCGAAACUGGAAGAGGGACAGGUUAUCGACCAUACCAUACCAAGACCUGGUCCCAUGCCAAACCGACCUCCUCCAAAAUUCAUUAGCGUUACCAGCAACGAAUUAAACGAAGAACAAAGAGCUAUGUACGAAUCCGUGCUAUCUACAUGGAAACCAGUGAUGUUUCCCAAACGGAUCAAACGUUACAUAUGCCAGAAAUGCAACAAAGAAUUCAAGAAUUACCAAAACUUGUACCUCCAUACUACGAGAGUGCAUUCAUCUGAAGAGUCCGCAGUCCUAUGUGACAUUUGUGAUAAAACAUUCAAAAAUAAACAUUACUUAUACAUGCAUAGAAUGAAUAAGCACUAUUCGGAAUCCGAGAAGUGCUAUUGCCAAUUCUGCUUACAGGAGUUCCGUACUCGUAGAGCAUUACAUAUGCACGUAAAACGCAUACACCCAAAUACAUUACCAGAAAUAAAAUGCCCAGAUUGUGGCAAAGAGUUUUCUGUACCGUACAAGUUGCGUUACCACAUCGAAAACUGUCACCGACCAGAAAAAGACAAAUAUCAAUGUCACGUUUGUCAGAAAUUAUAUAAAAGCCAUUUGAAUUUGAACCGUCACUUACAUUUCCAGCAUUCGCAUGUCGAACGUCACCCUUGUGUGUUUUGUCCAAUGACAUUCAAGUCUCGUCAUCAUAUGAAGCGUCACAUCCUAAAUAUUCAUCCUCCGUUGGAAUCCAAAGUGACAUGCCCGGAAUGUUUGAAGGAAUUUAAGAACGAUCAAUAUUUAAAAGAGCACAUGCAAGUGCACACAUCGUUCGAUAAGAAGAUUAAAUGUGAAUUGUGUGAUAAGUAUUUCCACUCGGCGGUCCGUUUGAAGAAACACAAGAAGAUUGUUCAUCCCAACAAACCGAAGAUCCGUUGCGAAAAGUGUGAUAAAGAGUUUGCCCACGCUCAUUAUCUGAGACGGCACAACAAUUCGGUUCACGUUGAGGUCGACGAGAGUAACUAUGCUCACGAAUGUGAUCAGUGCGGAAAGAAAUUCAAAAUUAAACGAUACUUAAACAACCAUUUGCAACGACAUGAACAACAGCAUUUGAAACGGAUUUCCCAAAUGGUGAAGACUGUCAUGGAUGAUGGAGACAAGAAGAAGGGUAAGGGGAAGAACCGAGGAAGACCUCGCAAGACCAGAAAAGAGAUUGAGUUCAUCAAAUGUGAACCGGUUUCCAGUUCUGAAGAGGAAGAAGAAACCGAUGAAACGGAAUCCGAUUCGGAGUAGAGAGGUUUUAAAUCUUUUUUAAUGGUAAUCAUAUGUUAUAUAUGAAAAUAUUGUGUAUGAUGCACAAAUCUUUGAGCAUAUAUCUAAUAAAGCAGCGUCCAAACAAAUUUUUAUUGAUGUGGAUACAGCUUAAUGUAUUUGUUGUCACUUGUAAGGUUAUAGUGCUGCCAUGCUAUAUCUAAAAAACUGUUAUCUACAAAAAAAUAUUGAUUUAUAGAAGUUAUCGCCGAAAAACGUCGGAAUUCAGAAACUAAUGUUUUGAAAAAGUUAGCUAGAUAGGACCAAACUAAAAAUCUUAGGCCUGCGUUGCAUUCUUUUUUAGAAACUAGUUUUUUGAAACUCCCAUGUUUUUUGGCAAUAAAGUCAAAAUCAAAGUCAUUUAUUCAAAUUGGGUACUAUUGUACACUGUCUGAUUGUCAAACAAUGAUGUAGUUGGUGAUAAUUAAUUACGUUAACUUGAAACUAAAGCUAAGAGGGCUCCAACUCAAAAAAAAAAAAAAACAAAAACUAACUCAAAAAUUACUUUUUGCAACUAACCGCUUUUUAGAUAUAGGAUGGUAGCGUGGUCUUAUAAGUGAAGAGGUCCAGAGUUUGAUUCCAAGCAGAGACAAUUUGGAAAUGGAAUUCCAGUCCCAAAUAUUUGAAUAGAAUUUUGGGAAUGGAAUUUUGGAAUCGAUGGAUUUGGAAUGGAAUUCCUAAAUCGUGUGGUCUGAUCUGGUAAGAGGCUUCGGCCGUUGUUAGUUACCAUCAUAAAGAAGGUUUAGCGUUCUGGUACGAUGUCGCGUAGAAAGAAAAUAAUUAGGGGUUUGGCAUGAAUGUAUAUGAAUGGGGGAUCAGGCAUUUCUAAUACCUACUUGAAGCAAAUACUUAGCUAUUAUCGCUGUCUCACUUCAACUAACAAAUUAGAGCGAGAGGUCGGACCAAUGGAAUCUGCUCUCUCGCUUUCGCUUAGCAGUCGAAGUGGGAUAGCGAUAAGUAGGUAUUUGCUUCAAGCAUACUCUGUCCACGGAAAGAAGCUAGUAUAACGAUCUCUCUGUUACGUAAUCCCAUACAAAUGGCAGAGC